UCGUUGUCAUAGUUACUAGCACCGAUUUAAGACUUUACAUGAUGAACUACCUGGUUGGUAAAUAAUAAAGAAAAUAAGAAAUAAAAAGAAUGAAAGAUGUCUGAAGCGCAUAAAAGGGAAGAGAAGUUGGGAGCAGUUUUAUUUCAGGUUCAAGAGGAUUUGAGGAAACUCAGGUGUAGUCUUGAGAAAAUUACAGACAAAGACAAAACACUGGACGUUGAAGCCUUCGACUCUGCCAUUCGUGAAACAGAGAGUAAAAUCAAGAGACAUGCAGAGGAUUAUCUGAAUACAGUGACCAAACAGCCACUGGUUCUUCCAGCCAUUGAAGACUUACCAAGAAGGACAGUGCACAUUCCCAAAUGCCUGAAAUACAGGAAACCAGCUCUGGAGAAACCUGCUCGGGAGGGUGUCCUAACUGUACAUCCAAAGAGGGAAGACCUUCCAGGUCCUUCACAUGGAGAAAAGCUCAAGUCAACAUUAGCCAUGCGCUCGCUGUGUAAUUCCACACAUCCUCACAACAGAGCCGUGCAGCAGAAAUUUCAGAUAUCACUUCCUGAUGUCCACGAGAGAAGCAAAAAAGCAUCUCAGAGAACAAUGGCUGGCCCUGUGGUGAGUCGUCAGGUCACUGAACCAAAAAGCCGGAAAAACCUGGGAGUUUUGGAAGAAGACAUGAGGAGAGUUUCAGAGACGAGCUUGCUUUGUACGUCAAUCAAGCACAAGGCUGCUUCUCUUCACCCAAGAGAGGAUUCAUCUUCUCCUAAGAUGGGUCUGUUAGGUUCAAAACCCAGGCGGGACAAGCAGUUGAAAUUGGAAUCAGAGCCUGGAUUGACCUCUGAAACAACAGGCAGAGAAUAUACAUCCCCCUGGACUGCAAAGACACCACCUCCCUCCACAAACUCCAAAAACCUGGACCACAUGGGUAUGAUCCAAGGCACAGAUGAUUUCAUACCUAAGAACCCUCAGAACACUGUGCUAGAUCUGCCUGUCCAAGUUCCUGCAUACAUCAGCAAAUACUCUUUCACCAUCAUAAAAGGGCAGAUCAACCCAAUGGCGACAGAUUUCUGUCUCUUUAAGGAGAGCUUUAGCUUAUGUUGGAGCACUGUGCUAGAUGCUCUGGAGGCCCUGCAAAAGCUGCUCAGGGACUUUGCUGUGCCUCUGGCCAAAGUGAGUGGUGAACAUUUGGUGGAAUUGGCCUAUAGUUGGGAUAAUAGUUGGAGAAAUGCUCCUCCAGUCACCAACCUCCUCUCUGUGCUUGAAAACUGGGAGGGGGUGGUGGGCCUGGUUGUACGCCCAGGUCAGCGCUUCAAGGGAGAAGGAGGCACCGAGGCAGCUGCCACACACAUCCAGUCCUGCUGGAGGCGCUACUUAGCCCGUACAGCCUACCUGCACCACUGUCGACGCAAGUGGGCGGCAGAGACCAUCGCCAUGUCAUGGUGGAUGCACAAUCAAAUGUGCUAUGUCAGGAAGGCCCUGCAGGCCCGGCGCUUCAGACAGCUGGAGAAUCACCGCAGCAGAGCACAGCAUCUGGCAGCCAACUGGAAACACAUCCAGUCCUCCAAGAGGACCAUUAUCCACAUCCCUUCAUUAGGACUCUCUCAAAGCCAGCGACAGAAGUUGAGGGAAUUUAACAUCUUACAGAACACCCAGCUCUGCAGACUGUGUGAUAUUAGAGAUGAAAAUGUGGAGGUCAUCUACGUAUGUCCGAGACAUCUGGGAGAGGACAUCUUGCAGUAUUACACCAGUGUGCUGAGGUGUGAGCGUGUAGCAGACGGGGCAGACACCAGGACAGCUCAGGCCCCAUCCUGCAGCAGCAGACGCUUUGUCAUCCUCACCCCUGAGGCUGUAGAUUAUUUCCCGACCCAUAACAUGUGUCUGUCCACGCUGCUAAAGUACAGUCCACACACCCUGAAGCGCAUCUGGAACCUCAUCCAAGGGAAGCAGGCCUAUAUUGUGGGCGGAGUGGCCCAUGUGGAUGACCUGGCUGUGGCUGAUGAGCUAGGAGUGCCAGUUCUGGCUUCAGAACCGGCUAUUGCACAGCUCUACAGCACCAAAUCUGGGGGGAGGAGGAUCUUUGCUGGGGCAGAGUUAGAUGUCCCCCCUGGUCAAGGAGAUAUCUACUCAUUAAACCAGCUUCAUGAAACCCUGGCUGAGCUCAUGACUCAAAACAUUGAUGUGAAGCGCUGGCUCUUCAAGAUGGACUCGGAAUAUGGUGGUCGUGGCACAGCUUAUUGUGAUACAUGCCAUCUAAGCUGCUAUAACUGGGCCCUGCGGGAAUACCAUCGUUAUGAUCCUGAGAAAUGGAAAACAGCAUGGAAUCAGGAGUCUGUGCUGCUCAGAUAUUUAGAUGAGAUCCCGGAGUGGCUUGCCCGUUAUGCCCGGCCUGCUAAAACCUCUUGCUAUCCCACCUGGGCCAGCUUCCUGAAGACCUUCCUCAGGCAAGGUGGUGUUGUGGAGGCCUACCCGCCUUCAGAAAGUGUCACCUGUCUGACAGUAGAUCUGCUCUUAGAGCCUGGGGGUGAAGUCACCAUGCUGUCCUGUGGAGACCAGCUUCACGGCUCCUGUCAGCUGGAAUCUUUGGGCUCAACUGUCCCUCAGACCUCUGUGCAUCCUGACACCUUGAACUCCAUCUGCGUGCGCGUGGGCCAAGCCUGUUUGCAACGUCACAUUGUGGGCUACAUCUCCUUGGACCUGGCUACCUUUGUGAACCCCAACACCAUGGAGCAAAAGGUGUGGGCUAUUGAUCUGGACCUUGCAUACAGUAAUCAGCUGGCCAUGACCCAGAUGCUUCUGAUGAUGACUGGAGGAACGCUGAAUUGCUGCACGGGCUGUUUAGAAGUGCCACUGCCAAUCAGGGAGGCAUGCUGUGGACACAGGACUGCAGCCAAACCUCCAGUGAUGAACCGACAUGCAGUUAUUGGGAGCAGCUUGUUUCACUCAAACCUGUCCAUGUUGUACCAUCAUGUGUUCCUUAAGAUAUGCAAGGUUCACGGCGUAGGAUUUAACAUGAAGAUGAAGCAAGGCACUGUUUUUGCUCUUUAUGACAGCAUUGAGAGGUGCAAUAUGGGGAUGAUGACCGUCUCAGAAGAUCUCCAGGGAGCUCUUGUGACCUUUGCUCAGAAUCUGUCAGUCAUUCAUCAGGAAAUAUCAGCCUCUAAGAUGCAAGGAGAAACCAAUUUCAAGGAGCUGAUCAAGGAAAUAGAAGAAGUACUGCAUAUGACUGGGAAGAACAAGAUGCGAGCAGUGGAGGAUAAAACUGCUGCUUAAACAGCUGCUUCACUGAUAAACUCCUGACUCAAGCCAAGUUACAUCAUCAUGUGUCUGCUGGUUUCAUUGUUGAAUUAACUUGUGGAUAUAUGAACAAGUUUCAUAAGUCAGUAAAUUAAUGACUGAAAAAAUGAUAGAAUCCAGAAGUUUUAAUUUUAGAUAGAAACUGGGGAUUGAUUGUGCUUUAAUCGAUAGUGAGUGUAUAUGAAAUAGGUAUAAAUAAAUUGAUUAAAUUAUGUUAUUGUGGUGGAUUGCCUCUGCAAACCUGUGGCCAUGGAUGACUUUGAUAGGCUGAUGAAAAGUCCACUGAGUCCAUUGAACUGAAGUUCACACUUCUGUAAGUUCACAUACUUUUUUGUCACACAGUGAAUUGUGAAAUACUAAGUUUUAGAAUAUGUUUUAUGACUAGCCUGUCAGUUUUCACAGUUAUUGACAUGUAAGAACAUGUGAUUAAGGAUUUUUCUUUGAUUCCGUGCUUCAAAUAUAACUACUAAUGUUAAUUGGCCACUUAUAUCAAUACAGAGUAUGAUUGUGAUUAUGAUAGAUAUACAGAUAUAAGAUCUGCAUCAAUGUUGAAUGCGUUCUGUAUUCCAUCCAAGAUUGGAUGACGCUCAAAUAAGAACUUUUAUCUGUG